AUGGGCGCGGGGGCGCUCGCCCUGGGCGCCUCCGAGCCCUGCAACCUGUCGUCGGCCGCGCCGCUCCCCGACGGCGCGGCCACGGCGGCGCGACUGCUGGUGCCCGCGUCGCCGUCCGCCUCGCCGCUGACCCCGACCAGCGAGGGCCCCGCGCCGCUGUCGCAGCAGUGGACGGCGGGCAUAGGCCUGCUGAUGGCGCUCAUCGUGCUGCUCAUCGUGGCGGGCAACGUCCUGGUGAUCGUGGCCAUCGCCAAGACGCCGCGGCUGCAGACGCUCACCAACCUCUUCAUCAUGUCCCUGGCCAGCGCCGACCUCGUCAUGGGGCUGCUGGUGGUGCCGUUCGGGGCCACCAUCGUCAUGCGGGGCCGCUGGGAGUACGGCUCCUUCUUCUGCGAGCUCUGGACCUCGGUGGAUGUGCUGUGCGUGACGGCCAGCAUCGAGACCCUGUGUGUCAUCGCCCUGGACCGCUACCUCGCCAUCACGUCGCCCUUCCGCUACCAGAGCCUGCUGACCCGCGCGCGGGCGCGGGCCCUGGUGUGCACCGUGUGGGCCAUCUCGGCCCUGGUGUCCUUCCUGCCCAUCCUCAUGCACUGGUGGCGGGCCGAGGGCGACGAGGCGCGCCGCUGCUACAACGACCCCAAGUGCUGCGAUUUCGUCACCAACCGGGCCUACGCCAUCGCCUCGUCCGUCGUGUCCUUCUACGUGCCCCUGUGCAUCAUGGCCUUCGUGUACCUGCGGGUGUUCCGCGAGGCCCAGAAGCAGGUGAAGAAGAUCGACAGCUGCGAGCGCCGCUUCCUCAGCGGCCCGGCGCGGCCCCCCUCGCCCGCGCCCGCGCCCGGCUCCCCGCGCCCCGCGGCCACCGCCGCCGCCGCCGCCGCCGCUGCCCCGCUGGCCAACGGGCGCAUCAGCAAGCGGCGGCCCUCGCGCCUCGUGGCCCUGCGCGAGCAGAAGGCGCUCAAGACGCUGGGCAUCAUCAUGGGCGUGUUCACGCUCUGCUGGCUGCCCUUCUUCCUGGCCAACGUGGUCAAGGCCUUCCACCGCGACCUGGUGCCCGACCGCCUCUUCGUCUUCUUCAACUGGCUGGGCUACGCCAACUCGGCCUUCAACCCCAUCAUCUACUGCCGCAGCCCCGACUUCCGCAAGGCCUUCCAGCGCCUGCUCUGCUUCGCGCGCCGGGCCGCCCGCGGGGGCCACGCGGCCGCCGGCGACCGGCCGCGCGCCUCCGGCUGCCUGCCGGGGACCCGGCCGCCGCCGUCGCCGGGGGCCGCCUCGGACGAGGACGACGACGACGACGUCGGGGCCGCGCCGCCCGCGCGCCUGCUGGAGCCCUGGGCCGGCUGCAACGGCGGGGCGGCGGCGGCGGACAGCGACUCGAGCCUGGACGAGCCGGGCCGCCCCGCGGGCGCCUCGGAAUCCAAGGUGUAG